UACCAGCACCGUUUCUCCGCCGAAAAUAACCCGCCUUCCCAUCUCUCUUGCAUCUCUCUCAUCAUCUCUGCGGAUUUUCGCCUGUCAAUCUCGACGAACGGAGACUGACAGUUCCUCUCUCUAUCUCUCUCUCUCACAGAGCUUUUCGCUACUGAGUUGAAAUGGGCGAAGAAGAAGGAAAGACAUUAUCAGAUAGAGAAGAAGAGGAGGAAGGAAACGAAGAAGAAGAAGAAGGGAAAGCAAUCGAUGAAGGCGAGUUAGAAAAUCGUGGAUUGCAUCGGAAAAAGCAACACAAGAAGAAAAGAUUACGGUUGGAGAAGGAAGCGUCAGCUGCAGAUAGGCGUGGGGUUUGCUAUUUGAGCAGGAUUCCUCCUCACAUGAACCCUUUGAAGCUCCGUCAGAUCCUCUCCCAGUAUGGAGAAGUUCAAAGGAUUUACCUCGCCCCUGAGAAUCCUUCAGCUCAAGUGCGUCGUAAGCGGGCGGGUGGAUUUCGAGGUCAAGAGUUCUCUGAAGGGUGGGUUGAGUUCACCAAGAAAAGUGUUGCAAAGUGGGUUGCAAACAUGUUAAAUGGUGAACAAAUAGGUGGGAAGAAGCGGUCAUCAUUUUAUUAUGACCUUUGGAACAUUAAGUAUUUAAGUAAAUUCAAGUGGGACAACCUCACUGAAGAAAUCGCUUACAAGAAUGCCAUUCGGGAGCAGAAGCUAGCUCUAGAGAUAUCUGCUGCCAAGAAGGAGCGUGAUUUCUACCUCUCAAAGGUGGAUAAGUCUCAUGCUCUUAGUUCCAUUCGGGAACGCCUAAAAAAGAAGCAGAAGGUCCAAGAAGGAUCGGAGUCAAAUGCCAACACCGUAGUGGACAUUCUGGAACCCAAGGUUAUUCGUCAGUUCAAACAAACACGGCCAGUUGUGGAUACUGCCACCAAGAGCAAGCCAAAGCUCUCAAAAGACUUUUUGGCUGGGAUAUUUGGCGGUUCCUCAUCGUGAAUAAUGCUUGCUUGGGAACCAAAGGCAGUAACUGAGGGAUUGCCAGUUGAAUGUGGAUUGCUUGCUGUGAUCUUGUUACCUGCUCAUUUGGAAGCUGACGAUCAUGAGCGUUUUUGGCUGUUGCUUGUGGGGCAAUUGCAGGAAUAUCUUCUGUCAUCCAUUUGUAGUUAUUGUCUAUUGAUCACUUCAUUUGUAUCGUUUGAUCUAUUAAAAUUUGGACCAUGGGCAUUUUGAUGAGGCCCAUCAGUUGGACAGCCAUGAUAAGGUCUACUAGGUUGCACUUUUAAAAUAUGAUGAGGGUAUGCCCUUGUAGCAUGGGCACAUAGAAGGUUAUAGUCA